CGGCCCGCAGUCAGCAUGCCUCCGUUGGACCGAACCCCGCAGCAGAACAGGCCCUUCAAGCAGAGGAAGAGCUUCGGUGGGUUUCCAGAACCAGGCAGGACGCGCCUGGAGCGCAGAGGACUCACACUGUUCUCUUUCUCUGCAGCUACCAGGAAGCAGGAGGUGGCGGGGAUCCGGUCCAAAUUCCCCAACAAGAUCCCGGUGAUCAUCGAGCGCUACGAGAAGGAGAAGUACCUCCCUCCGCUGGACAAAACCAAGUUUCUGGUUCCGCACGAACUCACCAUGACCCAGUUCGUCACCAUCAUCAGGAACCGGAUGGCGCUGUUGCCCAGCCAGGCCUUCUACCUGCUGAUCAACAACAGCGGCUUGGCCAGCAUGUCCCUCACCAUGGCGCAGGUGUACAAGGACCACCAGGACGAGGACGGGUUCCUCUACAUGACCUACGCCUCGCAGGAGAUGUUCGGACACUGACUGGACCUCGCCUUCCGGGUUUUAUUCUGCUGGCCUGAACCUGCUGUAAAUAGAAAAUAUUUUUAUAGAUUGUAACAUUUGUUCCACGUGCUGACUGUAAAACUUUUAAUUAUGUUCCAAUAAAUGUUAAAUCUGGCUGUGA